AUACAAAUACACCUGUGGCUCUCCUCUCUCAGCCACUUGAGCAUGUGCUAUGGGAAAAUUCAAAGGGGAGCUGGCUAAUUCGUAUGGAUAUUUGCAGUGGCAUUAUAAAGAACUGAGAAGGAUUAUUAAUGAAACUUCGGAAUCAGCAUGAGGAUAGGACGUGUGUAACUGGAAAACAGGAUAGUCUUCUCUUAGGAAUUAGGGACUAGUCAUCAGCAUUUACCACAUGCUACAAAUGGCAGGGACAGAGGAGGUGCUUGUGAUAUGGCUGUGGGCCUUCACGCCAAUGGUAAUUGUUAGUCUCCUACAUCAAAAGGUGAUGUCCCAUCAGGUUCUGCCUACACCUCAUCAUCUCCACGUCAGAUUCUUCCACAUUAGCAACUCCUAUGACAAGCUCAAAUGAUUUUACUAUUCCAGCAGGUCCACCUACCUGGUGGACACUGCACACUGUUAUACCCGGAGUUGUAAACAGGUCUCUGUCACUUGGGGCAGAUAUGUCACUCACUCCUUGAUACUUAAGAGAUAGUUUCUUGGGAGUGUAGUGGUUCUCAAACUUCAGAGUGCUUCAGAAUCAACCGUGAUACUUAUUUUGAAAUGCAGAUUCCUAAGGCCAUCCACUGGAAAUUUUCAUUUAUUGGGGGGGGUGGUAUCAGGUUAAGGCUGGGAUUCUGCAUGUUAAGGAAGUAUCCUUUGUGUUCCUGCUUCCUACUAUGGGAAGUGACACUUGGGAACAUCAAAGCCUCUGAGGAAACCGGACAAGGAUAUUUACUCCACAUUUUACAGAGAGGAACAAGAGUCUUUCUUUUUUUCUUUUCUUUUCUUUUUUUUUUUUUUUUUUUGAGAUGGAGUCUUGCUCUGUCACCCAGGCUAGAGUGCAGUAGCACAAUCUCGGCUCCCUGAAACCUCCAUCUCCUAGGUUCAACUGAUUGUCUUGCCUCAGCCUCCUGAGUAGCUGGGAUUACAGGUGUGCACCACCAUGCCCAGCUAAUUUUUGUAUUUUCAGUAGAGAUGGGGUUUCACCAUGUUGGUCAGGCUGGUCUCAAACUCCUGAUCUCAAGUGAUCCACCUGCCUUGGCCUCCCAAAAUUCUGGGAUUACAGGUGUGAGCCACGGCACCUAGCCAAGAGCCUUCUUAAUAAUAGCAGCAGCUCAAAAAUAUUUAUGGAGCGUACCAAGCACUGUGCUAAAUAUUUUACUUAGGUUAUUUCAUUUAACACAGUAGUCCUAUGAGAUAGGUGUUUGUAUCUCUCGUUACCAGUGCUCCUGGCACUGAGAUGAUUACAGCCAUACAUUUGAUCAUCUAGGUCACUGUAGGGCUGGGCUUAGAAGAAACAAUGAAGUCAACACUUCAUUGCAGUGUCCAUGUGUGGGGAGGGGGGCUGACAGUCUGAUUGGGAAUGUGCCAGGGCUGGGGCAGCCAGGGUGUGCACUGCAGAGGGAAGCAGGAAGGAGCAGCUGCAGUCCAAGCAGGUGGAGGCACCGGGGGCCAGAGAGACAGGUACAUAUUUUGCAAUAUCUGGGGCAGAAAUGAUUUUCUCUGAAGGCAAACAAGUUAACUCAAGUGAUGAACACCGGAACACCAACUAACUAUUCUGCCCUACUCAGGAUUCUGAAAAAUGCAUGUGUAGCUGAUCAGGGAGCUGCCUUGCUGACAAGGUCUGCCAUGUGCCCGCAGGACCACACCAGGGUUAAGGAUGAGGAAGAAAGCCAAGCAAAGUGGUGUAGCGGCCAUCGUGUCUGAGAUGGGCGGGGGGUGGGGGGGUGAGGGUGGGGGCUGGGAUGCUGCAGAGAGUCACUGAAGAAAGCCUGAAGAGUCCUCGUCCUCUUUCUCUACUUCCCUUUUCUCAAGGACAUCAGCUAGACCUAACUAUAGGAGGUAGGAUCAAACCAUAGGUAGCAUGAGAUACUGUGAUCAGACUUUAGGGAGCACUGUUUGCUAACAAGGUAACCAGGGGAGGAGAGCAAUAAUAGCCUGUGUUGCCGGUCUUAAAAAGAGGGGAGAUGGGGAAAUGAAUGAAUGACCUCUGGGACCCCUGCCAUGGCUUAAAGGUGGCUGGUGGGGGUCUUAGAGGACCUGUUAUGAAUGAGAGCUGAUGAUUACAGGAAUCUCUAAAACAUCAGCUUGAGCAUGUUAUAGCUGGUGACUCAUGGUUUCUGUCAAUGUUCCAUAUAUCCCAUGCUAUUUUAUGCCUUUUCACCCUUGUUCAUGCUGUCCGCCACCCCGAACAUUCUCUUCUCUCCUACCGUGCCCUCCUUGAACCCCAUACCCUUCACCUGGCUAACUCCAACACAUUUUCUGAAUCUAGCUCAACUGCCACAUCCUCAAGGCAGCAUUUCUUGUUUUCCUUUAUUCCCUUCUGUCAUCCCACUUAUUGAUUAUAUUAACAUGGGAAGAAUAGGCCUCUAGCUCUUCCUGACUAGAAAUGUCCCAAGCACACAGAUCCUUUCUCAUUCACCAAAAUGAACUUGAAUGCCUCGCAUAUGUCAGGUGGUCAGGAAAUAUUUGUGGAACUGAAGAGCCAGAUCCAAAGUCAUAUCACCUUGUCUAGGUACUUAACCCCCCUAGACUUAGGUUUCUUACAUGUGAAGUUGAGAGCUGAAUAUACUAACCCUAAGGGAGGGAGUCUUAGUCCCAUAGCCCAUCUAACACCAGUCUUCCUUCCAUCCCUACAGCAUAUGUAAGGUCUUUUUUAUUUUUAGCUCUUAAAUCCCAAGAUUUUGAAAUAUAAUGCAAUCCUGUUAUUAAUAAUGAUGACAGGGUUAGAUGAAUGGCACAUUAUAAAGUUUGUUUGAAACAUUAUGUUAUGUUAUAUAUGUUAUGUGUUAGAAGAUACUCAGGAAUUGGUUUUAUUUGCUCAGCAGGACAUCCAAAUCUAUGGGAUAAUGGGUUACCUGGUAAGAGUUUCAGGACUCUAGCAAGUUUAGUGCUGACUUUGCUGACUUAGAACUAGAACUGCAAACAUUUCUUCUUUUCUAGAGAAGGAUCAGAGUGGAGGUAGAGCACCAGGUGGAGACACGUAAGGGGUAUAUGUGGGCUUAGUCUGGAAGUGUAGAUGUCCAUCAGGUGAUUGGAGGGAGGGGGAGAGAGAGAGAGAGAGAGAGAGAGAGAUUGCUGAGACAUGGAAGAGUGAGUGUGCAUGGCAAAAGGAUCUGCAGACAGACCCCAAUGGCUGAGGCAGAGGCACAGGUAGACCCCGAUGGCUGGGGCAGAGGCACAGAUAGGCCCCAAUGGCUGAGGCAGAGGUGCAGGUAGGCCCCGAUAGCUGCGGCAGAGGUGUAGGUAGGCCCCGAUGGCUGAGGCAGGGGCGCAGGUAGACCCCGAUGGCUGAGACAGAGGCACAGGUAGACCCCGAUGGCUGGGGCAGAGGUGCACUGGAAAGGUAGCCAGUGUUGGGGUUCUCAGAGGUAGGCUGAGUGAGAUAAUUGAGGAACGUAUAGUCUAGAGUUCAGGUUUUAUUCCACAGAGGGCGGGAAAUUAUAGGGGUCUUUAAUCAUCAAAAAGGAUGAAAAAAAUGCUAAAUCCUCUUUUUAGAAAGUUCACUUUGACAGGAAAAGAGAGAAUGGAUUGAAGCCUGGAGGCAGGAAGUUGAUUCCUUCUUUCUUUGUACUCACCCAGCUACCCACUGUCUUUCCAUCUGUCUAUCUUUCUAUCCACCCGGCAAACAAACGCGAUUGAAUGCCUGCUUCUGAGAAUGAGCUUGACAGUCAGAUAGGCUUGUGUUUGAAAGUUUGAAAUCUUGCCCUGCCUCCCAUCCAUCUGUGUGACUUUGGGUGAAUUAAUCUGUCAAGAAUCCAAAUAUAUCACCUGAAAAAUGGGACUAAUGAUACUAUUUGUUGCAACUUCAUGGGUUUGUUGGGGGGAUUAAACAAAAUAAUAUUUAAUAAGUACUCGGUGCUGUACCAGGAGCUCAUGAACACUCAAUAAUGUUUAGCUAUUUUCAUGAAUAUUAGCAGGUUGAAGGUACAGAUUUGGGAGCCAUCUUGAUAUUCGGGAUUGGUAAAGCCAAGGGUGUGAAGACUGUCAGUAGGAUGGGAUUCAGUUCAGUGGAACACAUGCCACUUACAGAGCCCUGCUGGGCCGUGUGGGGCGUGCAGAGGGCUGAGCCUCCAGGAGUUUGUAGGUCCUUCAUACCAGGCUAUGUGCAUUCAGUGCUUUAGUCAGCUCCAAGGUGGAGAUUUACAAAAGCUUUUUGGAGCAAGUGGGAUUUGAGAUGGGUCUUGAAGAAUGAACAGGAAAAAAAAAAAAAGGAAUGAGCAGGACUCCAGCAGGGAGAUGUGGAGGAAAAGAAAAAGAAUGAGCAGGACUCCAGCAGCAAGAUGCGGAGGGCAAGGGCUCUUUAGGCUCAAGUAGUGAGUCGUAUGGGAGUUUGGAGUCAGGAGAAAGAGCAUGUAUAUUAAGGGAAUUGGGGGAAAGUGUAUAGGUGUGGAAUAUGCAAGCUCUUUAAGAGCAUAUAAGGAGAGAAAAAGCAUAGAGGUGUCAUUUACUUUUAGCAGAGAACCUUAGAUUCCAUUUUGAGGAUUUGGGACUUUAAUGUGGGAGCUGGUAGAGCACAGUGAGAUGUUGGGCUUGUAUUUAGAAAGAUUAAUGACACAGCUGUGAGUGAGGAGGAAGAGGAAAACGAGGCAGAGAAGACCACUCAACCGGCUAUUUAUUGGAAGAAGCACUGCCAGUAACUCCAACCGCAGCACGCCGGCCUGCUCGCCCAUCCUCCGGAAGCGGUCUCGCUCGCCAACCCCGCAGAACCAGGACAGAGACACCAUGGUGGAGAAGGGCUCAGAUCACUCCUCGGACAAGUCCCCGUCCACACCGGAGCAGGGCGUGCAGCGCAGCUGCUCCUCCCAGUCCGGCCGGAGCGGCGGCAAGAAUUCCAAGAAAAGCCAGAGUUGGUAUAAUGUGUUAAGCCCCACCUACAAGCAGAGAAAUGAAGACUUCAGAAAGCUCUUUAAGCAGCUUCCAGACACGGAGCGCCUCAUUGUUGAUUACUCAUGUGCACUCCAAAGAGACAUUCUCCUUCAGGGCCGACUCUACCUCUCUGAGAAUUGGAUCUGCUUCUACAGCAACAUCUUCCGCUGGGAAACUCUGCUGACAGUCCGUUUGAAAGACAUCUGUUCCAUGACUAAAGAAAAAACAGCUCGCCUCAUUCCCAAUGCCAUCCAAGUUUGCACUGAUUCAGAAAAGCACUUCUUCACUUCAUUUGGGGCCCGGGAUAGGACGUAUAUGAUGAUGUUCCGGCUCUGGCAGAAUGCUCUCCUUGAAAAGCCUCUGUGUCCCAAGGAGCUCUGGCACUUUGUUCACCAGUGCUAUGGGAACGAAUUGGGCCUGACCAGUGAUGACGAGGACUACGUGCCCCCUGAUGACGACUUCAACACAAUGGGAUACUGCGAAGAGAUUCCUGUGGAAGAGAAUGAAGUGAAUGACAGCUCAUCCAAGAGCAGCAUAGAGACCAAGCCAGAUGCCAGUCCACAGCUGCCCAAGAAAUCCAUCACCAACAGCACACUGACAUCCACAGGGAGCAGUGAGGCCCCCGUCUCGUUUGAUGGGCUGCCCCUGGAGGAGGAGGCGCUAGAGGGAGACGGGUCCCUGGAGAAGGAGCUUGCCAUUGACAACAUCAUGGGGGAGAAGAUUGAGAUGAUCGCUCCUGUGAACUCCCCUUCACUGGACUUCAAUGACAAUGAGGACAUCCCCACUGAGCUCAGUGACUCUUCCGACACACACGAUGAAGGGGAGGUUCAGGCCUUCUAUGAGGACCUGAGUGGCCGGCAGUACGUGAAUGAAGUCUUCAACUUCAGCGUGGACAAGCUCUAUGACCUCCUCUUCACCAACUCGCCCUUCCAGCGGGAUUUCAUGGAGCAGCGGCGCUUCUCUGAUAUCAUCUUUCAUCCAUGGAAAAAGGAGGAGAACGGAAACCAGAGCCGAGUGAUUCUUUACACUAUCACCCUUACCAACCCUCUGGCUCCCAAAACUGCCACUGUCAGGGAGACACAGACCAUGUACAAGGCGAGCCAGGAGAGUGAAUGUUACGUGAUAGAUGCCGAAGUCCUCACCCACGACGUACCCUACCAUGACUACUUCUACACAAUCAAUCGCUACACGCUCACCCGCGUGGCUCGGAACAAGAGCCGACUCAGGGUCUCCACAGAGCUGCGCUAUCGAAAACAGCCCUGGGGGUUAGUGAAAACUUUCAUCGAGAAGAACUUCUGGAGUGGGCUGGAGGACUACUUCCGCCAUUUAGAGAGUGAGCUGGCCAAAACGGAGAGCACUUAUUUGGCUGAGAUGCACAGACAAUCUCCCAAAGAGAAGGCCAGCAAGACUACGACGGUGCGGAGGAGGAAGCGUCCCCAUGCCCACCUGCGAGUCCCUCACCUGGAAGAGGUGAUGAGCCCGGUCACCACGCCCACAGAUGAGGAUGUGGGCCACAGGAUCAAACAUGUGGCAGGUUCCACGCAGACACGGCAUAUCCCCGAGGACACCCCCAACGGUUUCCACCUGCAGAGCGUGUCCAAGCUGCUGCUGGUUAUCAGCUGUGUUCUGGUGCUGCUGGUCAUCCUUAACAUGAUGCUCUUCUACAAACUCUGGAUGUUGGAAUACACCACGCAGACCCUCACUGCCUGGCAGGGUCUAAGGCUCCAAGAAAGGUUACCCCAGUCUCAGACAGAAUGGGCCCAGCUCUUAGAGUCCCAACAAAAGUACCACGAUACUGAGCUCCAAAAAUGGAGGGAGAUCAUCAAAUCCUCAGUGAUGCUCCUUGACCAGGUGAGAUGCCCCACCUUCUCUGCUUGCCCUGGUCUUUGGGAGUGGGGACUCCUUCCCUUAUGCUGUGAGAAAGAUCCUUGUCUCUAUCACCACCCUCCAGACUUCUCCCUCCAAUUCAUUCUUCCUGCAGGCCAUGCAUUGUUCUAAAUGGAAAGCCUUCCUUAAGUGGGCUGCUAGAAAUGCAGGUAUAUUCUAAAAAAGAAGAACAAUAAAAUGACCCACUGAAUUUGCACCAGGAAAGCUGUAGGUUAGGUAGAAGGAGAACUCUUUUUAUUUUUAUUUUUGGUAACCCAUAACCAUCUGACAGGCAUUUAAACAGAGAACCCCCUCAACCCUUUUACAGAGAUUUGUCUUCCCAGAGGGCAUGUCUUUGAGUUUUUUCAAAUGUUUACCACCCCCUCCUUUGACAGUCAGUGACACUGCACUGAUAGUCUGGGAAGAUGGCUGUACUUUGUCUUCUUUUCAUAGCAUCAUCUUUGUCGUACAGUUUGCCUGUAUCCCCCCGCCCGCAAAACUAGAUCAACUAUUUAGGCAAAUCAUCCUGAGGCAAAAUCAAUAAUUAGCUUAGUUUCCUUGGGGGAGGGAGCUUCCUGCUUCCCCAGAAUAGUUUAGUAUCUUAUGAAAUAUGCCUCCAUGUGGUUGCCUAGAGAGCAGGAAUCUGCCUUUGCUGUGCAAGAGAAUUAGAAAAUAAUAGACUCAGGAUUUAUCCUGCUACAUGACAACUUCUCUCCCUAAAGAGUUGCCUUUCUGACGUUUUGUGACCAGCCAGAGAUGGCAUCCCAGCCUUGCCACUAACUAAUUUUGUGACCGUGAGCAAGGGACCUUGAGCUUCCGUUUCUUCAUUUAUAAAAUAGGAAUUGUAAUCAUAGCUUCACGGAACUGUCAUCAGGAUUUGAUGGCAUGUGGGUGGUGCUCAUUAAUAUUAAACCUUAUUUCCUUGCGUUGUUUGGUCUUAGCUCUAAGUAAGGUAAAAGAGGCCGGGCAUGGUGGGUCACGCCUAUAAUCCCAGCGCUUUGAGAGGCUGAAGAGGGCAGAUCACUUGAGUUUGAGACCAGCCUGGCCAACAUGGCGAAACCCUGUCUCUACUCAAAAUAUAAAAAUUAGCCAGGCAUGGUGGCGCACGUCUGUAAUCCCAGCUACUUGGGAGGCUAAGGCAGGAGAAUUGCUUGAACCUGGGAGGCGGAGGUUUCAGUGAGCUGAGAUAGCGCCACUGCACUCCAGCCUGGGCAACAGAGCGAGACUUCAUCUCCAAAAAAAAAAAAAAAGAAAAAAAAAAAAAGGGAAAAGAAUCUUAAUGCAGCUAUCAGGACCCAGUUGGAUGUGUUUAGCUUUGUCAUCACACUUAAGGAGGGCAUUUUUUUUUUUAAACCAAAAGGGGACAAAAAGCUUAGUGAGGAGUUUAGAAGCCUUACCCUUUCAAGAAGGGUUGAUGGAAUUGAAGACAAACCCAGGAGAAGGGAACAGGAGGGUGAGGAGAACAGGGUGGCCUUCAGACACCCAGGCCAACAGGUGUCAAGGGUUAGACUUACUGGAAAACCCCAGAGUGCUGAACUUGGGCUAGAAGUUUAAGAAAGUAAUUUUUCUUCAUCAUCAAAUGCAAACAACCUGUGGCUAAUGCUGUCCAGCAAUGCAACAGGCUACUGUAGAGAACUGAGAUUCCACCACUGAAAGUGUUCAAGGGGUAACUAGAUGAUGAUGGAUAAAGAACUUAUAGAUUAAAUUGGGGCAGUUGGACUGGAUGACCCAGGGGUCUCUUCCAACUCUAGAAUUCUAUUUCAGAAUGGGGCCCGUUAACUUGAGGGUCAGGGCUGUCAGAUCUAUAGCCUAGUGGACUCUACCCUACAAGUAUUAAGAGAGUUGUUUUGUUUCAAUCCCUUUAAAAGUAACUUUUAAAAUAACAGAAUGGCCCCCUCCUCUGUUUUGAGCAGAAGAUAUAAAUGAACCAGAGAGAAGAAAGUGGUAGAUUAAGCAGAGAGACCAGACUUUCCCCAAAUCCGUAACCAUUUGCCCCAGAAAUGUUGUCUUAUGUUGUAACACAGCAGUUUACCCAGAGACAGUAUGUAAAUAUGUGAAUAUUUAAAUAUGUGGUGGUAUGAUGGGCCAUUUUACAAUUCUCCUGCCAGGCUUCAUUCUAGUCUCCCAUUUAGACUGCAGUCUAUGACCUGAAAAUGUUAAUUUGCUGAUAUGGAUACCAACUAGGAACCUACUCAGUUCUGUGCAUGGUGCCCCUGGGUGCACAAGAGAAGGAUUAGACACAGUUCCAGUCCUAGGAAACAUGAAACCAAGCAACGAAAGAUGACUGCAGUCCAGAGCCCGAGUGUGCUGUGUGAGAGACCAUGAAAGAGAGGGAUGCCUGGGAGCUGGAGAAAGUUUCGAUUUGUUCUGAGCCUUAGCAGAUGGGUGAGAUUGGAAUCGGCAAGAGCACAAAGAUUCCCGGGCGGGGUGAACAAUGUGGCUCAAUGUACAAAGACAGGCUUGUGGUAUAUUAAGGAUCAUCAGGGAAACCAGACGAAACAAGUAGAUCAAGUCAGUGACAGCCUGAGAGGCUCUUGGUAGCAGUUGAACACUUCAAGAGCAUUCUUGAUUAGCACUGAACCCCAGUAAGCCCUACCCAAGGGCUUCCCUGUGCUAGAUUGUCUGUCUCCUUUCUUUCUUUCUUUCCUUUUUCCUCUCUUUUUUUCUUUUCUUUCUCUCUCCCUCUCCCUUUCCCUCUCUGUCUCUCUUUUUUUUUAAAGGCAGGGUCUUGCUCUGUUGCCCAGGCUGGAGUGCAGUGGUGUAGUCGUAGUUCACUGCAGUUGCAAGCUCCCAGGUUCAAACCAUCCUCCCACCCCAGCCUCCUGAGUAGUUAGGACUCCAGGUGCAUAUCACAAGGCCUGGCUAUAAUUUUUAAACUUUUUAUAGAGAUGGGGUCUCUCUAUGUUGCCCAGGUUGGUCAGAAACUCCCGGCCUCAACUGAUCCUCCCACCUCUGCCUCCCAAAGUGCUGGGAUUACAGGUGUGAGUCACUGCGUCCAGCCUGACUGUCCCCUUUCUGUCUGAAACAGUGUGCACUGAGAACCACCCUUGCUUUAGGUGCCCGACUCUUUUCAGCCCCAUGGUGUGUUUGGAGGCCUGCCCUCAGCGGGUGUGGGGGGAGGGCUGCUCGGUGGAGAAUCCCACUGAAA